GUUAAAUAUAAACAAACCAAAAUGGAUAGAAAUUUGCUUUAAUUAUCAAGACUUCAUUGCUAAACUAUGGAUAAAAAAAAGUCAAGAAAGCCCAAAUCUGCCCGACCUAAGGGUAAUGUGAAGAAGAAAGUUCAGUAUGAAACAAGUGCUGAAGAUAAAUUUGGAACGAGUCAUAAAGGCAGAAGACACAGAUUUUCAGUUUCACAUAAAUAUGUUCUACCAGUGGUUGAUAAAAACUCUGAGGGGGGACAGAAAGUUGAGGAGUAUAAAAUAGAUGUGGGUAAACUGUCGAGGUCUAAAUUAAAACAUCAAGUCACCAAGUGGGCGGGGAAAAAGAAAUGGUUGAAGGAAGAAGGGAAAGUAAACGUGAAAUCUGGGAAGUCGGAUGUGAGAAAGAGACUGGGUAAUAAAGAGUGGAGAAAAGAUAAGAAAAGAAAAGAUUAUCAAGUCUCUAGGAAACUUGAAGAUCCUUACCCUGGUGAUGCUCCAGUUGAUCCAGUGAAACUAGAGAAAUAUAAACGUACAGAUACUACAGAAUUAAAAGAUGCCAGAUAUUUAGCAGCGAAACCAGAUAUGACAUUAUCUAAAAAUAAAACCGAUUAUGCUGUAGAAUUAUCAGCUAGGUCUGAUUUUUUACUACCAGAUAACUCCGGAUGUAUAGAAGUAGAAGAAGGGGAAGAUACAGCUGAUAUUAAACAACAUGAUAUCAUUAGUUCUGUAGAUAUUACAAGUGCUUCUAAGUCGUUUGAAUUAGAUCUACAGUUAUUUGGUCCGUAUAAUAUCAACUAUAGUAGAAAUGGGAGGUAUUUAUUAUUAGGAGGUAAAAAAGGUCACGUAGCUGCUGUCGACUGGCAAACUAAAAAACUCAUGUGUGAAAUGAACGUGAUGGAAACUACCCAUGAUGUCAAAUGGUUACAUAUAGAAACAAUGUUUGCUGUGGCCCAGAAAGAAUGGACGUAUAUUUAUGAUAACCAAGGAAUAGAAUUACACUGUUUAAAAGCAUUAAAUAAACCAUUACGAUUAGAGUUCUUACCUUAUCAUUUCUUAUUAGCUACUGGGUCGUCUGAAGGUUUUCUAUCAUAUCUAGAUGUCUCAGUUGGUAAAUUAAUAACGAGUAUAAGGACUGGAUAUCCUAGACUAGAUGUCAUGUGUCAGAAUCCUAAAAAUGCUAUUAUACAUCUGGGACAUCCAGGUGGCACUGUAACACUAUGGUCUCCCAAUAUGAAACAUUCUGUAGCUAAGUUAUUAUGUCACCAUGGUGGAGUCAGAUCUGUAGCAGUUGAUAAUACUGGCAAUUAUAUGGCUACGUCUAGUAUUGAUAAACAGUUGAUAAUACAUGAUUUAAGAACAUAUAAAAUGUUAUAUAAAUAUCGUCUACCAUCAGGAGCUGGUGGUUUAACAUUUAGUCAGUCUGGACAACUAGCAGCCUCCAUGGGUAGUGUAGUACAGGUAUAUAAAGAUGUUUGUAAAGAGAAGAUAAGAUCACCGUAUUUAAUACACAGAUUAACCACUCCAAUAUCAGGUGUACAGUUCUGUAAUUAUGAAGAUGUAUUAGGUGUUAGUCAUAGUCAUGGUUUCGCUAGUUUACUUAUACCCGGGUCUGGUGAAUCUAAUUUUGAUGGUUUUGAAGCCAAUCCAUAUCAAACUAAGAAACAGAGAAGACAGGCCGAGGUUAAGAUGCUUUUAGAAAAGGUACAACCAGAAAUGAUCACACUAGAUAAUACAGCUCUAUCUAAAGUUGAUGUAGCUACAAUGGAGAGAGAUUUAGAUGAAAGAAAGAAAUUGAGGGUAUGUAUUCCUUAUUGUUAUACACCAAAAUACAGGAAGAAAGGCAAGAGUAGUGGUGUACGCCGCGAGAAUCGUAAACAAGGUGUUAAAAAUAAUAUCAUUAGAGAUGAUAUCAGAGAUCAGUUGAAAGAAAAACGACAGGAAAAACGUGACAAGAAAUUAGCCAAUCAGAGAGGAGUGAAGUCUGUUCUCGAUAGAUUUAAACGGACUGUAGAGUGA